AUGAUUGCACGGUUCACUAUCGUCCUAGUGGUGGUUUGUGUCUUGGCACUGACUCCAUCACCCUCUACGGCCUGGUCCUUCAUGUCCGUCUUCGGGGGUAAAAAGAAGGAUAACAACACUACGAGUAGUGAAUACUAUCGACCCUUUGAGCAGCCUCUCUUAACAGCAACGGAUUGGUUCCUUACCGAGCAGGAAAUCACGGUGUCUCGAGGUGGUGUGCCUCGCUCGGACAUGGUCACCUACAGUACUGGCAACGAUGUGAAGACGUUCACAGUGACGAAAGAGUUUUUUGACUCGCUCUACGACGACCUGUCAGCGACCAAGGAAAAGGAUCGCGUCCUGGUGACCGCGUACAACACGGAUCUCAUGCCUUUCAAGCCUGAGACGGACCCGCAAGGUCUUGUAAGCAACUUUGACGUUGUCUUUGGCAAUGUCAUUAAGCGAGGAGGGGAUGUGAAGAUCCUGUGCUGGGCGACCAAGUUUCCGUCGAAACAAGACAUCAUCGUGCGCAACAAGAUCAACUCACUUCCGAAGUCUGGCCUCAACGAUGGUAAUGCACUGUUGAUUUUCGACGACCGGCUCCCUAUGGGCAUCUCGUCACACCAUCAAAAGACAGUCGUCAUUGCUGCAAGUGUCUCUUCCGGACUUGAGGAGUUCCCGGUGGCAUAUGUCGGUGGUAUCGAUAUCACUAACGACCGGUGGGACACCAUCUAUCAUAACGAGUCAGCGCUCCGCGAAAAAGCCGGUAUCAAUCUUGACUACAAGGGAUGGGUCGACAGCAGCUUGCGCAUCCAUGGGCCGGCUGCGAAAGAUGUUGCAGCGAAUUUCCUCGCUCGAUGGAACUCGCUGUUCGUGCCGUGCCAAGAUCUUGUCGACAACGUCGUGUCAUUUAAAAACCCGCAGUACUCUUUUUUGCCAGCGCUGAACUACAGCAGUAGUAACACCACCUCGACGCUCGGAAAUCAGAGUGUGCAGAUUGUGCGAACAUAUAGCUGCACGUACAAGCAUUACGAGUUUGCACCGUCUGGUGAGACAUCACUGCUCCAUGCACGCGUCAAGGCCAUCAAGAAUGCCAAGAACUUCAUCUAUGUCGAGGACCAGUACUUCAUCUACGUGCCGGAGUUGCUGGAAGCCCUACUAGCGGUCAUGCCAAUCAUUAAGCGUCUGAUCGUCGUCGUUCAGCCCCCGGAUCUCAUGACAAAGAGCAGCGGAUAUGAGAAGUAUAUGUACAAGCUCGUUCAGCCUAUUAAAGACAAAUAUCCUGACAAGAUUCGCAUGUACUCGAUGAAGCCAGAGCUACACGUGUACGUGCACAGCAAGGUUGUAAUCAUCGAUGACGUGUACUUGUCGGACGGCUCAGCCAACUGGAACAGCCGCAGCAUGACUUCGGACGCCGAGCUUAACGCGAACAUCGUCGACUCGAACACGGUCGAUACUCCUGACGGUAUUACGGUAGGCAAACUGGUUCGUGACUUUCGUGUACGCAAAUUUCAUGAGAUGACGGGGCGGAGCUAUGACGAGAUCAACCAGAUGAAAUUUCUUGACAGCGCCGACCUGUUUGACGUGGCAGCCGCGGAUAAGGGGUCUCUGAUCAAGAAGUUCGACAUUGGCAGGAAGAUUUACUACAAUUUCAUCAUCAAGGGCCUACACCAAGGGAUUGAUCCGUAUGACCACUGCGUCUAG